AUGGCUGAUAAAUUACAAGUUGCAUGGGAUAUCUUAGAUCAAUUGAGCAAGGAGGUUGAUCUAACCAAAACUAGCUAUUUGAGUAAGUUUGCUCCGGGGUGGAAAGGGAAGGAACCAGCUUUAAGAGAACAAGUCACUUCAAGUUUAUUAGAAGGUGAAUGGAUUCGUUAUGCUUCAUACGUUUCCUUCGGGUUAGGAAAUUUAUUUGUUUUGAGUUCAAUGUAUGCAUUAGGUAUUACAGGUACUUAUUUGGGUGACUAUUUUGGUAUCUUGAUGGAUGAAAGAGUCACUGGUUUCCCUUUCAAUGUUUUAGAUAAUCCAAUGUACGUUGGUUCAACUUUAUCAUUUUUAGGUACCUCAUUAUAUUUCAAGAAACCUGCUGGUUUAUUUGCAACAUUAUGGGUUCAUGUAUUAUAUUCAAUUGCAUUGAAAUUUGAAGAGUGA